ACACGAAAUCAAUAGUUUAAGCUCAUCACCAGUCAGUUCUUUGUCAUCGCCCAACGAGCAGCUGGAUAAAUCUUUUAGGGAGAGCUGCAUAUUUUCAGUUGAUUAAAGAAAACGAUUGUGCUAUUUCUUUGGGUUUUAGAAAAUACACACGUUUGGAAGUAAAUAAAGCAUACAAAUAUACGCGGCAGUAGCAAAAACCCUCUACUGAAAAUUGUAACGGGUGGAUGUGACGUUGAAGUGUCGUUCAAACAAAAAACAAAAAAAAAAACAACUUAAACAAUCACAAGCAGUGCAAAUUAAAUACUUUAACGAUGGAUAUUUUGGACAUCGAUGAAGCGCUUAAAGAUGAUUCUUUUAUUUGCUUGGAAGAUAAAACACACGAUGACGUUUCGAAUAUUUUGCAGCAAUGGAAAAGCAACAAUUGUCUGCUACCAGCACAGUAUCAACAUGAACAAGCCUACAAACUCAAUUCAAGAACAUUUACACGUCCACGCAGAAAGUCAACACAAAAUCUAGAGCAACAUUUCGCUCACAGUUCUGGCAACAAUGGCGUUCAGACAGCGCUUCCAACACACCAUGAACAGUUGCAACAAAAAUUUACCAUUGCAACGCCACAGCCUGCGUUUAAUUUGGAAAUUGGUGGACUUGUUACAACAAUGCACAAGUCCUUUUUGCAAGACACCUCACCGCCAUCGUCCAUAUGUUCCUCCAUGGAAAUGUCAAUGGAACGUAUGAAUAACUCCUUAAUCACAUCGGCCGACUUCACUAACAUAAACUUCUUACAAUCGACUCAAAGCCUUGAUUUUAACGAACCGACACUUAAUGGUAGCGAAUUAUUUAACUUAGCGAAUAAGGCGACCAGUGAUGGUUAUACUUUAAGUGACAUGAUACGUGAUAGGAAAGCAUUAGAGUCGUUAACACUAUCGGGCGAUGGUACACUAAUCAAAGAUUCGCAUAUUGGACAGAUCGAUGAUAUAUCACUGGCAUUCAGUAAAACUGCGUCUGGUUAUAGUACUAUGGAUAAUUCCACGGAGAGUAUGCAAGAAGAUCAACAACAGCAACAACAACAACAACGUAACGGUGUAACAGCAAAUGCAACUGUGGGAGUUGUUGUUGUUGGCAGCAGUGCGUCAGAAAACAAAUGUAAUAUUAUGCAUCGCACAAUGUUACUAAGCGAUGAGGUAAUCGGUGAUACGACAUUCGAACUGGUCGAGAGUAGUUUGUGUGCGAGUAAUAUUAACGGUAAUGAUAAUGCAACACAAUCCAUGACAGCAAAACCAGCGAAUGAAACCUUCAAACGUCCUUGGACGAUGGAUGAAACUGUAUGCAUACCGAAUAGAGCAAAUGCAACGUACGAAUUCAAGCAGUUAACACCAGAUGCGCGUUUAGCGGCAGAAACACGUUGUGAGACACCGGAAAAUAUGGCAGAAACAUUGGCCGCACGCAAAUUUUACGAAUCCACACCACAUGCGAGCGGACUGAACGCUGGCGCACAUCCAAAUACACCGACCACAUCAAAAUUGAGUGUGGAUGAGGUGAAUCUCUCGCCCAUAGUGGGUGCCGCGGAGCAAUUGAAUGCCACACGUGUGCUGAGUGAAACCUUUGGUCAAGAGUCGGGUGAGGUGAAAAAAGUGAAUUCGAAAACAUUUUCCGGCACGCUACCGCGACUUGAGAGUAUCGAACAAAUGUUGGAGGAUAUUGAAAAUCCGAAUGAAACAUACGAGAAACCACAAGUAUUACAACAAAGUGCAGCCGACAUACAAAUGCAGAAUGUCUUGGAGUUGGCGCAUGCCGAAGAGGAGCUUUUGGCAAGCAAUAACGAUCAGGAAUUCGAGGAUAUGCUGGAGGAGUUCAGUAAAGUGGAAGUGAAUGCGGAACAUGUGAAAAUGAAGAAGUCGUUAGAGACAAUAAAGCGACGUUUCAAUCGCGAUACCACGACUUUAACAAAAACGUCAACAUUACAACAACAGCCACAUGCUAUAGACGAUAGCAAUGAUAAGUCAACAGAAAUGCAUAUGUACGACGCCUGCGAGCAAAGACGUAAUGGCAGUUAUAUCAAAAGUGAUGUGACUGCAAGCGUCUCAAAUGAUUAUACAGCGCCUUCGGGCAUAUCGUCGCCUUCACCCUCGUCCGCGUCAGCAUCCGUCUCUUCCGCCGCCUCAACUUCUUUGGCGGCUAGUGGCGUUGGCAAUACCAGCGGCACAAGCGAACGUUUGCUUAGUCGACGCAGUCGUCUUUACGAUAAUAUCAAUCUCUCGACGAUUUCGGCCGGCAGCAAUACGCAAUCACCAUCACGCGCACUGGGUGCCUCCUUCACUGUGCAUAAACGCGAUGAUUGUGAACAGGUGUGUGAACAAGAGUUAGUGAAACAAGAGACUGAAUAUAAAAAAAAUGUGGAAGAAGCAAAUACAUAUGGCAAGACUGAAGAAGAUACAAUUGAAAAUCUCAAUGCAACAACUGUUACGCAUUAUAGCGGCGUGGGCACAUAUAAACUCUCCGAACGGCGGGAACGUGAUCGUGAUCGUUUCAAAACGAUCAAAAUCGUUAAAGCACGCAAUGCGAGUGAUGAUUUAGUAGUAGUGAAUGUGCCUUGUAUUGAUGAUGAUGAUGAUGGCGUGCCGUUAAGUGCCGACGGUGGUACGACAGUAUUCAACAACAACAAAUCGGAAAUUGAAAAUGAACAUGAGCAUAAGCAGCAGUUGUCCGCGGCCAGCCAAACCACCGUUACGCGCACAGCAAACACCUCAAAAAUUAAUCCGAAUUUCUUAACCUACAAAAAGCCGAAAGACAAACCAACUGUGGUGAAUUUGCCGGAAAUAGUUAGUGCACCGUUACCAGGUGCUACAACAACUAACGCCAGCAGUGAGACGCUUGACAAUGCAACAGAACCAACUAGCCGGCUACGUUCACGUUCGCGUCCACGUUAUAUAUCGGGUUUGCAAAAGAUGACUGUCGUUAAGGCAACAUCCGCCGGCGAUUUGGAUCGUGCGACAGCGCAAGGCAUACGACCGCCUACGGCUAGCGUCAGCCAUGCAGCGCUUGAUACCAGUCAGCAUGUUAAUGCUACAAUUAUUGCCGAACCCACUAAAUAUAGUCGCAAUGCGCCAGCUUUAAAAACACAAACAACAACAACAACAGCUGGUGAAGUUAAAAGUCCCAUGGGCACAAAAUCCAAGUCCUUCCACAAUUUAUCAAGUAAUUUUGGUUUUAAUGGCGGCAAUGGUAUACCGGCACCACGCGCCAACACUUUCGGUUUGAAGAAACCCACCGUUUACGAGCAUGCUGGCGCUACUGCGCACGAUCGCAUCUCGAAUGGUUUGUCGGCGAACAACACACUACCACCGCAGGUCGAAGAUGCUGUCUUCAAAGUGCCCAAAUUGGUGUCCGGUCUGCGUGCGCCUGGUGUCAAACGUGCCGGGCUAGUGCGUCCUUCCUCCGCUUACUACAGUCUCAACAGUUUGAGCGUUAAGCAAACGCCGUUAGUGCAUGACAACGACUCUGAUGGCGGUCGACAUUCGCCCACCGAUAGCAUGUCUUCAGCUUCGUCACGUGGCAGUAUACAGAAUGGUGGCUUAACUGUUGGAAAACCGAACAACACUAAAGCCCCAACAGCAGCAGCAGCAACAAAGUCAAAUACAACAAAUGCAAACACAUUGAAUCUGACUAAAUUCACCACGGGCGCAAAGGGUAUACCAAAGCCGUCUGGUUUGCGGCCGCCAACAACAACAAACAUGAAACGUAGCGGUUUACCGAAACCACUAACAGGCAUAACACGACGAUAAACUCAACUAUAACUACAUAUACAUAUACAUAACAUCGACGUAUUAUAUAUAUAUAUACUACAUACUAGCUAUACAUAUAUAUAAAGAUAUAUUUGUUUAGAAGCGUGUAAAUCAAACGAAAGUAUGUGAACAAAAAAAAUAGUUGGCAAUAUUAAUAAUUGUUAGAAUGGAAAUGUUUAGAGCAUAAAUAAUACUACGAGCAUUUCUAGAUGCUCUCUAAGUUGCCACAAUCAACUACAAUAUUAUUUUUAUAUAAAUAUUCUGUUUAUUUUUUGUAUUACGAACCAAAAUCGACACUUGUACUUGUAUGUAUUACACAGCAGACAGAGGAACAACUAAAAAACAGAAACCGAAAAUAAUGAACAAAAAUCAUGUAUUGCAUACAUAAAUAUAAAUGUCUGCGAUAUGGCAAAUUCGAAUAUUAGCAUUGCAUAUAAUUAAUUAUUUUCUUAAGAGAAAUUAAACACUUCAAUUAUAUGUAAAUGCGUUAAAUAAAUUUAGUGGAAAAGAAAAAAAAAAAAAGAAAAUACAACAAA